AUGUUUUGGAUGGAAUCUACUGAUACGCUGGGUUGGAAGUAUGUGUUUGGGUAUAGAGAAGAUUUGGCACGUGUGCGUUUCUUGCCUCUUUAUGAUAUCUUUGGAGAGAGAGAUUGGGAGUCUCGAAUUAUUGACUCUCAGAGCGGAAGAGAAGAACUAACGCGGGAUUUGCCCAGUACAGUCAUACAGUUAGCUUCUUUAUGCGUACAUUUGGAAAAGUUCUGUUGGGUAGUAGGAGAAGAAGAAGGAAGAGGAGGAGGAGAAAGUUCUGAUUUUCUACAAAUGUAUCGGUCAGAAUCUGACACCCAUACGCAUACUCAAGACUCGAGUGGGAAUCUGGAGCCAGAAAAGAUUCACACGAUAUCUAAUCCCAAUGAGACCCGCGAGAAGUUGCAGAUCGAGCGAGAGAGAUGGCAAAGAAUGACGUGUUUGCGAUCUACCAAAGAAUUGGAGGUCGGAAGAGACAUGUAUAAUUUCCUACCAGCUAUACCAUUAAUAGUAGACGACUACAAAGAGAAAACUCUACAUCGUCAAGUCAUGACUUUUCGCAACAUGGUUUGUUAUCGAUAUGUCCCGUGGAAAUGGUAUCUUAUUAAUAGCAACGUGCAACCGAAGUGUCGUUGUGGUGAUCAUCACAAGACUCGCGGAGUCAAGAUGGGAGUCUUUAGACAACCUCUCAUUCCUCUUUACUCAAAUCAUCCUCUCAUCAUCCCUGAGAUAUUCAAAUAA